AUGCCGGGGGCUGUCGUUGCGCCGGUCAUCGUCGAACAAACCGCGGUGAGUUUUGUGCUACAAAUUUUUGACUUUUUUUAUUUGUCAUAUAUAAUAUAAUAAAUGUAAUGAAAUUUUGCCUAUUUUACAACUUUUUUAUCAAUGAAUUUUGUAGCAAAAGCCAGUGAGAUAUGGGAUCUUCCGGACCCUACGCAACAACUUUCAUUGGAAAUGUUUGGCCUCCACUUUCCUGAUUGCUGCCUGCUUUGCCUAUGUUGGAUGGUGCCACAUCAAGCCGUAUAUCUAUUUCAAUGAACCGGAGCUCAGGUGAGCCGCAGUUUCAUUGAAGAUUAUGGGUUCUGUUUUUGUCAUUUUUUGAGCGGUAUAUCUUUGGCAUACUGUUUUACAGAGGAAAUACCCGGAGUGUGACGCUGAAACAGUGAUAAAACUUGGCACAAAUUCAGAUAUUUUUUUCGAUGACUUAUGCGAAAUUUCUAGCUUGCAACCUGCAGAAAGGAACCGGGAUUUUAAGGUGGAAAAUUUAGGGAAAAAUGACAACUCUUUUCAAAUUUAGGCAUGAAAAGUUUCAUGCCUAUUUCUAACGGAUAGUAUAAUGUUUCCACAAAGAAUAAUUUUUUUCCGCACGAGACUAGCAAAGCUCCGGCCAAAAAUUCAUUUUUUUUUGUGACCGCUCUUCGCGUUUCUCAUACUCUCUCGGUCAAAAAGACCGUUCAAUAUCUCGGCGGCGCUUGCAAAGCGCGAGCUAAAAAUCUCAGGAAUUGAUACUUAGUUCACGACCGACAUGUGUGCAAGAUUUAAACAACAUCUGAACGUAGCAUUCGGGGUACUUCCCUGAUUCUUAAAACGCAUAUAAUUUCCGCAAAUUUUCAGUAAACUCCACGGCCCUUGUGCCAACGCCUACAAAUAUGUGCCUCUCGGUUUUGCCGGUCUUUUGUAUAUUAUUUACCUGUUCGAAUGUUGGCAUAACCGCUCAAAAUUGAGCUGUAUUCAACGUGGGACGGUGAGUCAAUUGCUCGACCAGAUAGAUCGCCUGCGGACGUCGACGCCGGUCGUCUGGUGGAAGAGUAUUUGCUAUCACUACAUUCGACGGACCAAACAUGUCACUAGGUAUGUCAUGCAUAAAGUUUGAAGCUUCGUAUCUUCGCUACAACGCUUCUUUUUUGAGCUAAACUUGAUUCAAUGCUCGCUUUUUCAGAUAUCGCAACGGCGACGCUGUCUCGGCGACUCAAGUUUAUUACGAACGUGUAAAUUCGCACACCUCAGGCAACGUGUUUAUGUACGACAUGUGUGGAGUCAAGGACAUCUCCAAGGAUGUCUACGACGUCGACGAUUAUCCAAUAGUACGGGUCAGGUUCAGCAAAGGGUUUGUGUUCGCUUGCGUUCAAGCUGCCGAUGAAUUCGAGGACCAACGGACGAGAUUCUUCAACGAAAACGAACUCAGGGACGAUUACAUGGAGGUAAAUUUUGCAGUCUUUGUUUUUCAUAUUUUGUUCUAGCAAUUACAGUGAGGGACCUGAUCCAGUGGCAAAAAACGCCUCAUUUUGUAUCCGGGAAGUAUCAACAAUGUGGCAAAAUGCUUCCAUCUCCAAGUGAAAAUACUCCGCUUUCAAAAGCCCGCUAGCUCUUUUUGUGAGAGCCCUUCAAAACGAAGUUUUUUCGCUUGGAGAGGGAAGCAUUUUGCCACAUUUUUGAUGCUUCCCGGAUGCACAAUGGUACGUUUUUUGCCACUGGAUCAGCUCCCCCACUGUAGAUGUUAUCCCUCUGCUAAAUCUUCAAUUUCAAGUAUAAUACUUUCCAGGUCCGAGAAGGUCUAGAUUUCGCGGAAACACGAUUUUCCGAAAGAAUGCUCGUCUUUGCCGAUGAGACGAAGAAGCUCCCUUUCUAUAUGCGAUCUGGGUUUUAUUGGACAUGUUGCUGUCUUCUGUUGGCAUGGCCUCUCAGAGUGUUCAUUGAUUGGAGAACGGCGCAUCUUCAUUAUCAAGUCACCAAAUUGUUUGGAACAAAUUAUUUGAGGUGAGGUUUUGAGUGCGAUAAAAGGAAAAAGUACAGUGACGGACCUGAUCCAGUGGCUAAAAACGUGCCAUUUAGCAUCCGGGAUGCAACAACAAUGUGGGAAAAUACUUCCCUCUCCAGGUGAAAAAACUUUGUUUUGAAGGGGGGUUUUUGAAAUCGGAGUUUUUCACUUGGACAGGGAAGCAUUUUGCCCCAUUUUUGAUGCUUCCCGGAUGGAAAAAUGUUUUUUUUUGCCACUGGAUUAGGUCCCCCACUGUAGAAGCAUGAUAAGUUUUAUUAGGUCAACUUCUGUAAGAAAAUUUGCUAUGAAAUCAGCGCAUUGAACAGGGGCUUUAUUUUUCGAAGGUUUAUUUUUAUCAUGAAACUGGUCCUUGACAUCUUUUAAAUUUUUUGUUAUACUCGAAUUUUCCCAUACGGGAAUUCGCUGUGCAGGGCAAGGCAACAAAAUUUUUAUGAUGACUUUUUUCAUACCGCAAAAUCUUCUGUUGCCUCUCAAAAUAAUCUCUCAAAUUCCAGUCCAUCCAGCAUCAACUACACUGGCCCGCUGACUCGAGUUUCCACCAUCGACACCAUUGACCUGGAACGGGCCAAUCAGCAGAACUACUUGAUAGUUCCCAGUUAUUCCGAAGCUGUUCUGAUGGAUCCAAUUCAUACGAAUGUAAGAGAAAAUGUGUCUUUUUUAAAUCUGAUGAUAUCUAAUUUUUAGUACAGCUCCUCCAUCCGACUACGUCCUACAAACAACAAUGAACCAACGGUGAUUGCGAAUUAUGGCGCUAUCGGCGAAGAUGACAAUAACAAUGCCGACUUCUACAUGUAUAGCCGGGAUUUGAAUCGAAAUUACGUACCAAGAAGUCGUUCAAUGUCCUCGUCGUUUAAGUAGGGCAUUUUUCGAUUCAGUCUUGUUUAUUUUUACCACUUUUUAUAUUUUGAUCCGCAUAUUUUACAGUGAAGGACCCCGUGGCAAAAAACGUAUCAUUUAGCAUCCAGGAAGCAUCAAAAAUGUGGCAAAAUGCCUCCCUCUCCAAGUGAAAAAACUUUGUUUUUAAAGGCCCUUCAAAAUGGAGUUUUUUUCACUUGAAGAGGGAAGCAUUUUGCCACAUUUUUGAUACUUCCCGGAUGCAAAAAAAGUACGUUUUUUCAACUUUAUCAGGUCCCCCACUGUAUAUUCUUUUCUCCUUUUCAGAUCUCGCGAUUUCUCAACGCCAAUUCCCUCUGCAAAUCCUCCGCCAUUACCUCGGCCCUCCAACUUUCCUCAUCUUAGCUUCGGAGUUCCUCCACCAAGAUCUCUCUCAAUUUCGGGGACGUUCCAAAAUAUCAACUCGCCUUACGGUGGCAACGAUGAAAAUCAGUCAUUGCUUAAUUCUUCCAGGGUAAUCUUUUUUUAACAGUUGAAAAAAUCGUAAGGAGGAGAGUCCUUGUACCAACCGCUGAUUUUUUUGUUCAUUACAAGCGCCGAAAAUUAUUUCCGCGACUUUCCGGACGGCCUAGUAACCCUGUCAAUAUAUGCCAAUCACCGUGAAAAACAGAGUUUGAAACUUGCAAUAUCUGGCGGAUAAUUUUGCACGAUAAAUUUUGAAAUUUUUGCCGUAUCACAGACCACAAAAGCUACAAAAUUUAGCCACCAUUUGCUUUUGUAAAAAACAAAUCAACAUUUGUUUUUAGGACCCCUUUGUGUCCACUGUCUUCCGUCCACCUCCGGUCAAUGAACCGCCGCCUCCGUACGAAGUGGCCAUCCGAAUAUGCGCUCCAUUGUAUCAGCGGAUCCGGCAGUCCGCCAACGACUCGAUCAGCUCGCUUCUCAACGUUCUUUCAAGAUCCAGCUCCAAGGAUUUCCGACAGAAUGGCAACGGAUAUGUUUAUUCGAACGUGAACAACAACAACGGGGAGGACGAGGAGGAAAAGGAUGAGCCCGGUUCGAGUAAGACCAGUUUGUGA